AUGAUUGAGUUGGUUUUAAAAGGCAUGUCUGCCGAGCUUCCCGUAAUAUGGUUAAACCUGGGAAAUUUCCAUUCUGAGCGAAACGGUCAACCAGUGCGCAAAUUGCCUCCUGCGUGCAAUGCCUGCGGCAUCCGAUUCAGCAGCGGCAGUACGUUGGAGGCGCACCAAGCACACUACUGCACCAAGGUGAGGCAGCGAACGCUGGCUUCACCUCCUACGGGACGUGUCAGCAUCACUGCCAGCGCGUCCAUCGAUCUCUCCCCGUCUCCGCUGCACCGCAUGAAGCAGUCGCCUGGAAGCGUGAAGCGAGACGCCGACCAUGACGCAGACGCCUCGCCGACGGCCAAGCUGCUGAAGCGAGACGAUCUACACGCGGGUGGGGACCACGCGGUCGGCAGGAGACACGUCGUCGGCACGGGCAGGGACGCCGGACAGCGGCACAGCCCCUCGUCGCCGUCGCCGGCCUCGUCGCCGCGCGACGUCGAAACGUACUGCCAUUGCUGCGACAUCCGGUUUCAGUCUCGCGACACGCUCGCCGUGCACAAGCGCUUCUACUGCACGCUGCGACAGCAGUACGCGCGCGAACGCGAGCCGAUGCCCAUCCCGCCCCCGCCGCCGCCGCCUCCCCCGCUGCCCGGCUACGUCGCCGACGCCGACGCGCUGCAGCACAUGUCGUCACAGCGCCCCCUGCUGAUCCAGUCGCUGCUGCCGGACGGCGCGACGCCGGUGUCGCUCGCGGGCGCGCUGCCAGGUGGCGCCAACAUCGUACUCGUGCCGUGCCUCGUGCCGAGCGUCAUCGUGCCGGCGGUCAGCGCGGCCGGCGGUCACCCGUUGGACCUCGCCGCGUCGCACCUCGCCGCCGACGUGCGGCCGAACACGGUGCGCGCGCAUGGCGGCGCGAGGGCGACGGUCGGCGACGGAGCAGGAGGAGGAGGAGGAGGAGGAGGAGGAGGAGACGAGCAGCAAUCCCCGCUCGACCUCUGCACGCGGAAGAGCGACGCGUCGAGUAAAUCAUCGCCAGGCGGCAGCGUCGGCGAGCGGACGACGUGCGAGACGACGGCGGCCGACGCCAGCAUGACGACGGUGGCGCGCGACACGGCGAGCGCGCACCUGACGCCGACCGCGUCGCCUGCGCCCGUCGCCACGGCGGCGGCGGCGGCGCAGGCGUUCCUGCGCAAGGGCGUCAGCCACUGCGUCGAGUGCAACAUCGUCUUCUUCAGCCACGAGAACUACCUCGUGCACAAGCAGUACUACUGCUCGUCGCGCCAAUACGCCGCCUUCCCUGCGCCGCCGCCGCCGCCGCCGCCGCCGGCCAGCCGCCCCUCCGCUAGUCCGCCGCCGCCCGCCGCCGAGCCCAGCAACGAGCCACCGAGCGUGAAGACCGAGCGGGCAAGCAUGCCGGCUAGUCCCACAGCGAGCGGCGGCGGCGGCAGCGGGAGCGGAGUACCGCGCUGCUGCAUCACGUGCGGCAUCAGCUUUAUGUCUAUCGACACGCUGCAGGCGCAUCAGCUCUACUACUGCCCCGCGCGACACGAGCUGGUACGCGACGGGGCCACCCACCCGCCGCCGCCCCCGCCACCAGCGCCGCAGCCGCGGGACGAGGCGUGCGCGUGCGACGGCGGCACGCUGGCGGGCGUGCAGCUCUACAGGCGGCACGCGAGCGGCGAGCGCGUCUGGCGCUGCUACGUGUGCGGCGUCGCGCGCGACAGCGAGCUGCAGCUCAGCGAGCACCUGCGCCUGCAUCGGCUGCUGAGCGUCUUCGAGUGCACGACGUGCGGCUACCGCGGCGGCACGGUGCGCGGCAUGCGCAUGCACGCCAAGGUGCACGGCGACGGCGCCGACCCGGACGCCAAAAUCUUGCAGAUCGUCAUCCCGCAGGCGCCGGAAGAGGGCGCCACCGAGGAGGUGCUCGACGGCGAGAUCGAGGCGAUUCUGUCGAAGCAGCGCCCCUACCGGCGCCGCAUGUCGAGGCGCGGCAGCUGGCGGCGGCCGUUCCCGUGCGAGUGCUGCGCGCUUACGUUCGAAAGCUUCGUGCAACUCAGCGCCGCCGCUUCGGUUAACGGCGACGAGGCGGCGUCGGUGGACGCUCGCUCCUGCGACGACUGGACUGAGCGCGAGUCUCGGGUCGGCGUGGCGGUUAAGCAGGAGCCGGCGAGUGACAACGAGGUUGGCGCGUCGCGCGAUGUCUCACCCGGCGCGAGCCCCCAGAGUGAGACAGUGAGGCAGUCACCGAGUGAGACGUUAAGGCACGUGGAGGCGCUGGGACAAUCGUCGUCCUCGGGGCAUCCGUCGUCGUCGCCGCCGUCGUCCGGCGAGACGACACGUCGUCGCUCGUCGCUGCACGAUUCGCUGACUCGAUCAUCGCCGACCGACGAGCCGUGGAAACAAGCGGCGACGACCGUUGACAGGAUGUCCGGCACUGUAGAGCUAGGCGUCACUACGGUUACCGUGAAAACGGAAGUGCACGAGAAGGAGGAGGAUGCAGAGGAUGAGGAGGAAGAGGCUGAUGACAGCUGCGCGGCGCAUCCCGACAGCAGUAAAUCACCGCCGCCGGAAAACGAGCGCACUAACGAAGUCGACUCGGCCGAGCUGAGCAUCAGCAACAAGAAGAAGAAGGAAACAACCGCCGCCGCUGCUGCUGCUGCCGCGGAGGAGGAGGAGGAAGAGGAGGAGGCGGAUGCGCUGACAGCUGCCACGAGCGUGGGGCUUCUCUUUCGCGCGCGAGUCAACGGAGAGAAAGAGGACGCGGCGUCGUCCACCGCCCGCUCCUCCCCGCCUCCCCCUCCUCCUCCUGCAGCCCCGGAGCACGGCAGCGUGGCGGACAAGCAUUGUACAAACUGUAACAUAACGUUCACGUACCUCCACUCGUUCAUAGCCCACAAGAAGUACUACUGUCAGCCACAGAAUGGCGAGCGACAUCCCAUGCUGAGUCAGAAUCACGGGACGAUGAGUCCGUCGUCGAUUGCCCAGACGUAGAUCGGCAGGGCGGCGCGAUAGAGUACGAUUAGAGUAAUAUAUAUAACUUUUUUAUUUCGAGUCUUAUCUGUAGCCAUUGUUAAAUAAUCAAAUUUUAUAUGUUAUCGAUGUGUUAUUGUUGUCGUGAUCAAAUAAGAGCGUAUUGUCUUCCCUGUAUCUUCAGUGUCUGCAAGAAGGAGAGAGAGAGAGAGAGAGAGAGAGAGAGAGAGAGAGAGAGCGCGCGAUUCAGUGAAA